CAAAAAGUUCUCAAUACUACGCAGUGCUCUCCCCGCUGCUUAAUCAGAUAGAGAUAUGGCCCUUGUUGCUGCUUCAUCCUCUUCCUCUGCUCAAUCCGUCGCCAAGAAGAAUGACGUUUUCAUUAGCUUUAGGGGUGAGGACACUCGCUCCAACUUCACCAUCCAUCUUUAUGACGCUUUCUGUAGAAAACAAAUUAGAACCUACAUGGACUCCCAACUUGUGAAAGGAGAUGAGAUCUCACCAUCACUUUUGCAAGCUAUCGAGGAUUCAUAUGUAUCAGUGGUGGUGUUCUCUGAAAAUUAUGCUUCUUCAAGAUGGUGCUUGGAUGAACUCGUCCAUAUACUCCAUUGCAAAAGAGUUCAAGGACAGAUUGUUAUUCCUGUCUUCUAUAGAAUCGACCCAUCUCAUGUACGCAAGCAGACCGACAUUUACAAGCAAGCAUUUGAGAUAUAUGAGAGAGAUCUCAAGGUUGACCAACACAAGAUGCAAAUAUGGAAGCAAGCUCUCAAUGAAACUGCAAACUUGGCAGGUUUUGACUCUCACACGUUCAGGGAUGAAUCCGAAUUGCUUCACAAGAUUGUCAAAGACAUAUUGCAGAAACUGAAUCACAAGUACUCCCCAGCUGAACUAAAAGGACUCAUAGGCAUUGAGGACAACUGCGCCGAGAUUGAAUUAUUGUUGAAAGAUGCCAAAACAAAAACCAUUGGAAUAUGGGGCAUGGGGGGCAUCGGCAAGUCAACCAUUGCCAAAAAUAUAUUUUUAAAAUGUUCUUCCGACUAUGAUCGUUCUUGCUUCUUGGAAAAUGUAAGAGAAGAGUCUAAAAAUGGACUAACUGGAUUACGCCAUAAAUUUCUCUCUCGUCUGCUAAGGGAUGAUCUCUUUAUGGAAACUGCAAGCUAUUUUCUUGAGUCGAGCCUUAGUCGUAUGAAGGUUUUUGUUGUUCUUGAUGAUGUCAGUACGGCGGAGCAAUUAGAAUAUUUGGUUGGAGAACCUUUUUACUUUGGGCUAGGAAGUAAAAUUCUCAUCACAACGAGGGACAAGCAUGCGCUCAGCAAAGGAGUUGAUGUAAUAUAUAAGGUUAAGGAAUUGAAGUCCCACCGAUCCCUUGAACUUUUCAGCUUGAAUGCCUUCAGCGCUAGCUUGCCUAUAAUGGGAUAUGAAGAACUAACAAAAAGGGCAGUUGUUUAUGCACAAGGAAUUCCGUUGGCUUUAAAAGUUCUGGGUUCAUAUCUUCGUGGAAGAAGUGAAGUUGAAUGGAAGAGUGCUUUGAGAAAACUUGAGAAGAGUCCUCAUAAAGAUAUCCAAAAGGUGUUAAGGUUGAGUUAUGAUGAACUGGAUGAUGAGGAGAAGAAAAUAUUUCUGGACAUCGUGUGCUUUUUGAAGGGAGAAUCGACAGAACUUGUAAUCAGUUUAUUAGAUAGCUUUGACUUCUCUGGAGCAAUCGGCAUAAGAACACUCCAUGACAAGGCUCUCAUAGAUGUGCAUUAUGAUAUUGUACUAAUGCAUGAUUUGAUGCAAGAAAUGGGGUUGCAAAUAGUUCGUGAAGAAUCUAAUGGUAAACCAGAAAGACGUAGCCGAUUAUGUGAUUCUAAAGAAAUUUACGAUGUCUUAGCUAACAAUAAGGGAUCAAAAAAAAUCGAAGGAAUAAGGUUGGAUGUUUCUCAGAUUAAAGAUCUACAUUUGGAAGCUGACAUUUUCAAGAAGAUGCCUAAUAUGAGAUUUCUCAAAUUUUAUUCUGGCAGUGGCUCAAGUCAUGUGCACCUUCCAAAAGGUCUCAAAUUUCUUCCUAAUAAGAUAAGGUAUCUAGAGUGGUAUGGAUUCCUACCUAAAGCUCUGCCCUCCACUUUUUGUCCUGCACAACUUGUUAAGCUCUGCAUGCGCAAUAGCCAUCUACAAAAGCUUUGGAGCGGAGUGCAGGAUUUUGUGUGCUUACAAGAGAUAGACCUCAGAUAUUCCAAACAGCUACAAGAGCUGCCGAAUCUCUCCAAAUGCUUGGACCUCAAAGUGGUAUGUCUUCAGGGAUGCAAAAGUUUGUGCUCUGUUCAUCCCUCAAUCUUGUCUCUGCACUCGCUUGCUGUUUUGAACUUAUAUAACUGCAAGAAACUUGAGAGUCUAAAAAGUGAGUUGCAUUUAAAAUCUCUGAACCAUAUCAAUGUGAUAGGGUGCUCGAAUCUCAAGGAGUUCUCAGUGUCAUCGGAUGAACUGAGAGAAUUGUAUUUAGAAUCAACAGGAAUUGAAAUGUUGCACUCGUCUGUAGCGCGUUCAAGUAAAUUGAAACAGAUUUGUCUUGGUGGCUCGAGACUCGUGAACCUUCCCAACCAAUUAUCUUGCUUGACUAGUUUGACGUUUCUUAGGCUCUCCGACUGUGAAGUCAUUGAUGAUUUGAAGCUACAUAUCUUUUUCGAUCGCAUGUUGUCUUUAAGAGAAGUGUUGUUGGAUAGGUGCGGUAACAUAAUUGACCUCCCCAGUAAUACUAAGCAUCUUUUAGGAUUGGAAUUGCUUACCCUACGGGAUUGUAGGAGGCUUCGUUCUUUACCAGAACUCCCACCAUCCAUUACAAACCUGCAAUGCGAUGAUUGCAAGUCGUUGGCAAUUGUGUCAGCCUGUAGACCAACAAGCGGUGGCCCAUUAUGCUUCUCAUUCCAGAACUGUGUGCAACUGAAUGAACAAUCGCUUCACAAUAUCAUGGAGGCUGCUGCCUACUCUCUGACUUAUUAUUUAUUGCAUAAACAUAAGAAUCCCAGGCCUCAUUGUUCGAUUUGUGUUGCUGAAAGCAGAGUACCAGAGUGGAUCAAAUACAGGGCAGCACAAAGCUCCGUGAUUGUUGAACUCCCGCGAAUUUCAGACUUGGAGGAUUUCUUCUUCUGCGUUGUACUUGGUGGUCGCCCAGAAAGUAAUUUUGACAUUUCUUUGAAAUGCACAUGCUACUUGGAAGGUUUUGAUGCGGCACAUUCAGCACUUCGAGUGGCUUUUACAGAUAUGAAAUUUGACCAUCUUUUUAUAUGGAAUGAAAACUUAGCAGAUAAAGGGGUAAUGGAUGAAAUUAGAAGAAGAAAUCAACAGUUGUUCACUACCAUAAAGCUUCGCUUUGAAUUCUCUGCUGUAAUUUAUGGGUUUGGAAAGUCAAUGAUCUCUGGCAAAAGCAAGUUAAUGAUCAAAGAAUGCGGGGUGAGGCCAGUAUCUGUCUCAGAAUGUCAGAAAUUUGUUGAGCAAAUGGAAAUGGGGAGGAAAAGGCAGAGGCCUCACGAUGUUGAAGAGCAACAACCACCGCCUCACUUAAAAAAAAUGGAGUUUGACAAGGGUGCACGUGCCAGCACUUAAAGUGGAUAUAAUCUGAACGCCGUUCUUCAUUCUUUAGGUGAAGUGUCAGCUGAGAAAAAAGAGAAGCAUAAGGAGAAGUUGAGCAUUGAAUAUGGCUUUUGUUGGUUAUAAAGAGUAAUUUGAAUUAUGAGAAAACAGCAAUGUACAUUGCUGGUUACUAGCAUGCUCCAGGGACAUAAUCUUGCGUAGCUGGGUUGUUUUAUUGAUAAUUUGAAAUACCAUAUUUGUAUGAUUUUACCCAAGUAUCUUAAGGAUGUAAAUGACUCGGUUGAAGAUGUUAUAGACUUGUUCUUCGGAUUUUGUCAAGUUCUCAGAGUGUUUUCAUUUGAUAAAAAGAGUGUUUUGAAUUGAAGAUGUUGCAGACAUUAAUAGUAUCUCAUGGUUGUUAUUAUUAUUAGCAAAGCGUUCUAUUUUAAUUUGA